AUGUCUGAUUUAAAUUAAAAACUCAUAGGCAAACAGUAGGCUAACAAUAUGACCUUUGACCAAAUGACUCUAAAAAUAACUUAAUAAUUGAGUAGCAUUACUUAGAAAAACUAAACUCUUAUGAAGAAAGCAGAGUCUGAAUAUGAUGCCUAAUUCUUAAAAAAUUUUGACAUAUUUAAAAAGCAAAUUUAAAGUGAAAUUAGCGACACCUAAGAAACAAUUAAAAUUUUAGUAAACAAGGCUAAAAAUUAACCCUAGAAAAUGUAAGCAAAAAAAUACAGUGAUCAAAUAUCUCAAGAAUUUGACAGAUAUAAAAAUAGUGUAAAAAAAAUAGUUAACAACUCUUUUGCAUAAAAGUAAGAGAAUUUACGUAAAUCAUCAGUCUUAAACAACUCUCGCUCUAUUGAUAGUGACGAAGGAACUAUAGACUAAAGUGGUAGAAACGAUUCUAGGUUUGGAAAUAAAAAUUAAUAACAGUAAUAACAACAAGCUUAAUAAAGGCAAUACAAUGAUUUUAUAGAUUAUGAAAAUCAGUUAAAUAGGGAAAGACAGGAGGAAUUAAAUAAGUUAGAGAAAGAUACUGAAGGUAUCUAUAAUAAUUUUUAGAAGAUUGCAGAAUUAAAUAACUAAUAGGGGAUAAUGGUAGAUGUAAUUGAUGAUACUACCUUUUAAACUUAAUAGUAGGUUAAGGCUGCUAAACAAGAAAUGGUUUAAGCAGAUAAGCAUCAAUCUUCAGCAAAACGCAAGUAUAUAAUAUUUGCUUUGAUUAUUUUGAUUGCUUUGGGUGUUACAUUGGCUAUUGUUUUUACUUAGAUGUGA